CCACCUCUAGUGUGUUAUGUCAGAAUGAUGGACUAAGUAUGUUGAUAAGGUGGUUUCAGUUAAACUAACAUGUAGGUAUUGCUUGUGGUGCUGUGUACCACUGUUAACUAACCUCUGUUUCUCUCUUUUCUCUCUCGCUCUGUCUCUCACUCUCUUUCCCCCCCAUAGGGCAUAUUGAGGUGGUGAAACUGCUGGCCUCUCAUGGAUCAGAGGUGUCCUGUAAAGACAAGAAGGCCUACACCCCUCUCCACUCUGCAGCCUCCAGCGGCAUGAUCAGUGUGGUCAAGUACCUCCUGGACCUUGGGGUGGAUAUAAAUGAGCCCAAUGGGUACGGUAACACCCCCCUCCACGUGGCGUGCUACAACGGCCAGGACGUGGUGGUAAAUGAGCUGAUCGAGUGCGGCGCCAACGUGAACCAGGUGAACGAGAAGGGUUUCGCCCCGCUCCACUUCACGGCCGCCUCGCGCCACGGGGCGCUCUGCCUGGAGCUGCUGGUGGGCAACGGGGCCCACGUCAACAUCAAGAGUAAAGAUGGAAAGACCCCCCUCCACAUGACGGCCAUCCACGGACGCUUCUCCAGAUCUCAAGCUAUCAUCCAGAAUGGUGCUGAGAUCGACUGUGAAGAUAAGAAUGGAAACACACCCCUGCACAUCUCUGCUCGCUACGGCCACGAGUUACUCAUCAAUACACUCAUCACGAACGGUGCUGACACAGCCAAACGAGGCGUCCAUGGGAUGUUCCCCCUCCACCUGGCCGCUCUCAGUGGUUUCUCUGACUGCUGUCGAAAGCUACUCUCAUCAGGCUUUGAUAUAGACACCCCUGACGACUUUGGAAGGACCUGUUUACAUGCUGCAGCAGCUGGAGGGAACCUGGACUGUCUGAAUCUGCUGCUCAACACCGGGGCAGACUUCAACAGAAAGGACAGCUUCGGAAGGAGUCCUCUGCAUUAUGCAGCAGCCAACUGUAACUACCAGUGUCUGUUUGCCUUGGUGGGGUCUGGGGCCAGUGUGAACGACCUGGAUAAGAGGGGCUGCACCCCGCUCCACUACGCUGCUGCCUCCGAUACAGACGGAAA